AAGCUAUCUUGGUUAUCUACUGCUAAGCUCCCAACUGCAUACCAAAGGCUAUUCAUGUGCCAGUUAUCCUCGCCAUUGUGCAAUCGCGCCCAUCGCAUCAGGUGCCUAUAACUCAUCCAGCUCCGGACAAGACGGCCACUUCUAGACUCCAGCCGCAUCAGCAUCAACCCUCCCCGAAAAGCGUCCACCUUCCCUCAUCCUUUCAAUCAAGUCCCUUCCGCACACCUACUCUUAACUAUCGCCAUGGCUCCCCAGACCCCCGCCGAAGCGGAGAAUCACCAAGCGCUUCUCGAUCGUCUCGACAUCGCGCAUGUCCCCCGUCCUUUCCGCAACCCGAACUGGAGACCGUCCCAGCGUCGCAACAAGAACGUCAAGCAGCUCAUUUCUGAGAGCUCAAGAAAGGAGGCCUCUGUGAUGGCCACACAGUCCAAUUCGGGUGCAACAACCCCGCUCCCAGCCACAUCUGCCAGCACCGAUGGAAGCCAAACCCCUGCCGAUGGCACACCCCGGACCAACAUCGCGCAGGCCGCGCAGAACCUCUCGACACUGGUCUUGGAGAAGAACGCACGAGCGGCAUUUACCUCGGGACCUGCUGUAACUUACACCAAUAUCGAAUCCGCCCCGUCAUUGCACCCGUCGCAGCAAACCCGCUACUGCGAUAUCACAGGGCUGCCUGCUCCAUACACGGAUCCCAAGACGAGACUGAGGUAUCAUGAUAAGGAGGUCUUUGGCGUGGUUAGGACACUGGGGCAGGGAGUGCCGGAGAGUUACUUGGAACUCAGGGCCGCGCAUGUUGUGCUUAAAUGAGGUUAUGAUCUAUGGAAGUGUUUGUUCUACGUUGUAAGAUAUCAGGUAGGUACGAUGUUAUUGCAGGCAUAAUGCACUGGAUUCUAAUGAAGGCCACAAUAACAGCCUCUUCUAAUACUAUAUUUAUGUACGAUCGACACAGUCAAGCCCUUUCCACCCACCUGCCCCUCUCGAGACAGGUUCAAAGAAAGCGCUCCGGCUUAUUCGCGACCUAAUAACUUAUAGAGUUGUUGAUCUUCGCCUUGUGCUGUUGCACUCGACUAGUACCGAUGCUCCAGGGACGGAGCAUCAGUUACAGCAUCCGGGGAUGCUGUUGCCGCGGCGUGGUAUUGAGCUGCCCACAGGCUAGCCAGGGGUAUACAGGCAGGGUAGCUGCAGUAAUUGGACUGGUUGGGCUGUUUUGCAACCCGAGUCAUCGCAUGGACCCUUUUUGUAGCUUUGCU